CCUGGCGGCUCCCGCGGCGCCCCUGGUGGGGACAAUGGCGCUGCUGCUGGUGACAGGUGUGGCAGGUGACACGCGCGUGGUGGGUGGCCACGCCUGCGUGCCGCACUCGCAGCCCUGGCAGGUGGCCGUGCUGGACAUGUACAAACUCUACUGCGGGGGGGUCCUGAUAGCGCCGCGCUGGGUAGUGACAGCGGCGCACUGCACCACACCUGGGGUGACCACGGUGGCGCUGGGCAAGCACCGGCUGUACGCGCGCGAGGCCGGCGAGCAGCGCCGCAUGGUCGCUCGCCGCGUGGCCCACCCGGGCUACGACCCCUCCACCAAGGACAACGACAUCAUGCUGCUCAAGCUGGUGGCCCCCGCCGCCAUCUCGGAGCGCGUCCGGCCCAUCGCCGUGGCCUCGUGCCUGCCCGAGGCCGGCACCACCUGUGUCACCUCGGGGUGGGGCGCCACCACCUCACCUGAAGUGACGUACCCCGAGGUGCUGCAGUGCGUUAACGUCACGCUCUUCUCCUCGGCCGAGUGUCGCCGCUUCUACCCCGACUCCAUCACGGCCAACAUGAUCUGUGCCGGCAACGUGCAGGGGGGCACCGACUCCUGCCAGGGCGACUCCGGCGGCCCCCUGGUGUGCCGGGGCGCGCUGCAGGGCAUCGUCUCGUGGGGCAUGGAGCGCUGCGGGCAGCCCCGGCGCCCCGGCGUCUACACCAAGGUUUGCCGGUACGCGCGCUGGAUCCGCGACACCAUGGACGACACCUGAGGGGCCGCGCCGAGACGCCGCCGAGGAC